CAUUGUGUCUGAACUGCCGGCGAGCUUUAAAAAAAUAUUUUACCAACAGCAGCAAUGUCGGGCAGGUCGGUUCGCGCGGAGACCCGGAGCAGAGCGAAAGAUGACAUCAAGCGGGUUAUGGCAGCUAUUGAGAAAGUACGAAAAUGGGAGAAAAAAUGGGUAACUGUUGGUGACACAUCCUUAAGAAUCUACAAGUGGGUCCCAGUGACUGAGCCCAAAUCAGAUGAUAAGAAUAAGAACAAGAAGAAAGGCAAGGAUGAUAAGUGUGGGUCAGAGGUAACGACCCCAGAGAACAGCUCCUCUCCUGGAAUGAUGGACAUGCAUGAUGACAAUAGUAACCAGAGCUCCAUCGCUGACUCCUCCCCCAUCAAGCAGGAGACCAGCAGUAGUGCCAGUCCUGCCCCCGAGCCCACAGUCACCUCCCACAGCGAUAGCAACGAGGCCAAGAGUGACGAGAGCCAAUCUCCCGGCAAGGAGCAGCUGGCCGCAGACAGUAAGACCGGUAAAAAUCUCUCAGAGUCCUCGCCUGUUGCAGCCAAAAAAGACUCCAAGUCCUCAGGGGAGAAGGAGCCCUCCUCAGAAGCUGCCAAAGUCACUCAGGAAUUGGAAGAUGGGGCUCCUCCCAGUAAGAAGGGAAAAAUGGAGUCUCCCUCCCCUGGUUAUGAGGAGAGUUAAGUGUCCUGACCAAUCUAUUGCUCUCCCACGCCUCUCUACCAACCCACUCCACGCCUCUCCCAAGCACUCCUACUUACUCAGAGGUGGAAGGGCAGUGUUUCUCUCCACUAAUCCCACCCCAAAUACAUAUUUACGUUGGCCUUGGACAAUUCUGCCCCCUAAGCCCACACCCCACCCGUUCCCUUGUUCCAGCCUAUGUGAUGUGAGUAUGGGGGAAGGAAGGGGGGAGAGUGUAAGCACCACAGCACCUGCAAGACUAGGCCUGCUGAAAGACACUGACAAGCUGCAUCUGUGAAACACUCUGGGGUAGAUGGUGCCCUCCAGCACUGAUCCAGGAACAGCAAACCCAACCCUAACCAUACUGCGCAAAAAGCUGAAACUGAUCCAAAGUCAGGGGUUGGGGGCACCAUCUAUUUAGAAUGUGAAACACAGCGCUGCAACCAACCUGUUUUAUUGCUCUCAAACUUUCCUCUCCUCCUUUUGUAUCUUUAAGCUUCUGUUCCAAGGGGUUUAGUUUUUGCUCAGGAGGGUCAACGCACUGUUAAAUAAUGUCAAGAUCACAGUUGGUUCUGCUGCUGUAGUAUCGUUUAAUAUUUUGCAAUUAUAAGAAGGUUUAUUUAACAAAGGCGGCAACAACAAUAUAUUUAAUGAAUGGUA